AUGCCUGCCAUGCCUCGUGGCUCUACCACUUACAAGAGAUUGCCGGUCGAAAAUACAGCGCAGCAUAAACAACUUUGGAUCGGUGUGGUUUUGAAGGCGCUUGAAGACCUCAACCCUCCUUUCAUGUCCCUCCCACGACGUAAACAACUUUGGAUCGGUGUGGUUUUGAAGGCGCUCGAAGACCUCGACCCUCCUUUUAUAUCCCUCCCACGACGUAAACAACUUUGGAUCGGUGUGGUUUUGAAGGCACUCGAAGACCUCGACCCUCCUUCGAGGGUUCUUCAUAUCCCUCCUGCGGCGUAA